GUUUCAUCCACGUGAUUGCUGACCUAUUUUAAACCACUUUCACAUGCAAGAAACCGUUUUCCUUUCAUGCGAUAGCAACAAACAUUCUUAUCGUCUCCUAGAAAUAUUCAUUUCCCCAUUUCAUUAUGAAUUCAUUUCACUCGAUACAACAACUACGAUAACGGUACAGAUUAAUCUUGGCUAUGAAGGAAAAUUAACUCACCUACAACUAUUCCGCAAACGUUCGUCCUGGACCUGGACCAUCAUAUUCGACUGGAGAUUCUUGUUUGUGUCCAACAAAAAAUUUGCUUGCAACAUUUUACACAUAUUUCCCAAGAACCUACUUCCGUACAUUUGCUUUCUGCCAUAAUAGAUAUUUGAUGUAUAUAAUGUACUCACGAUCUACCCGUCGUUCCAAACUGAAUAUUUCUCGAGAGUCAUAUCUACAAGAAGACACAACCACAUCGUUUGAGGAUCCGAAAUUUAUAAUGCAGAGCCAACAAUAUUCACCCAUCUUUACUCAAAAUUCAAAAGAAGUUUCAAUGCUUUAUUCAAUGCUUCCAAAUAUCGUACAAUCACGGCUGCCCCGUAUACCAUCAAUUCGAAAGACCGUUGACAUAUAUGGAUUUGUGAGUGGCCGAAAAUCUGAAAGUACUUUAUCUGGAGCAAGCACACCAGGAUCCCUAUCGUCAUCGUCAACAAUGACCCUCGUCAAUGAACGAAGCUCAAUAUCUAGUGAUGGAGAAACGGAUAGCUAUUUCAUAGACGAUUCGCACUCUUCCGACGAGGAUUUCCCUCAACCCCUCAAGAAUGGGCAGCUCCUCCAGACGAUAGGAUUGUCUGAGACAAAGUCAGGCAUUGGAUGGAAAUUUGCAAAUCAAGGAUAUAAUCUUCUUGCUCUUUCAUUCGAGGAAUCAUCGGUGAUUUCUCAAAAUACUCAAUUUAGCAAUACUUCCUUAGCGAGACAACUUUAUGUCCACGCCUUGACCUACUUACUCCGAGCUCUUCCCUCUGAUCUUUCGACAGAAGAAAAGAUUAGCCUACAAAGUGCUAUACCAACAGAAAUAGUAGAGUCUCUACAAGAAGAAUCCUACACCAGUGAAAAUAGUCAAGAUUCAAAUACUGGUGAACCCCCUUCGUUACUUCAAAGAAGCAUCGCUGCUAUUAUCAUUCAACUAUUCAUAUUGUUCCAAUUUAUCUUACCAUAUUUGAAACAAAUACUCUCGUCAGCAUAUCAAUACGAUCGAACUCAUAAGAUAUCAGAAAAGGUUCUGUCCAAGGGUAUAAUAACAGCUGACACGAUCGGAAAAUCGAGCUUGGCAGUUACGGGCGCGGUUUAUGGGAUGAGCGAUGGGAAAGUUGGACAAGCUCUUACGGAUGCGGCGGCUUGGAUUGUUGAGGGAGUUACUGGGGGUGUACAUGAAGGUGUUAGUGAGGGAUUGAUAAUGUUGGGUGCGAGAAAUGGUACUUCGUCUAAAAGAAAGUAGAUAGGAGGAGACGUCUAUGAAGCAAAGUAUAUCUGGCGAGGUUAAUUUUUGACGAUAGAUGAAUGGUGAUACCCAUGUAUAGAACGGGAGUUUUUUUUCGGAUAUAGGAUAAUCACUGGUCCUAGGAGUAGGUAGGAUAGAAGCACUCAUAUAUUUUAAUGCAUCAAUACAAACCAAUAAACUAGGAUUC